UGGAGGACCAUGAAACUCGCGUCACCAUGGAAGCGCUCCGUUUGCGACAUGUAUUCGCCAUUUUGCAGCCUCGGUGCGUGUGUGUGUAUGUAUGUGUGAGAGAGAGUGUGUGUGUGUGGGCUCCCCGGUCGAGGUGAAUACCUCCGUAGCUCCCAAACAUUCAACACUCCAGACGGCAGCUAACACGACAACCGGAGACAUGUCUGCACUUAGAGAACUGUAGCCGCCGCAACGCGACAUGGACAUUCGGACGACGUAACAGUAAAUAGUUCCCCUGGCGUUACUGAAGAGGACGAGAGAAAUGCAAGCUUGAGAAACAUGACAGUGGUUUCCCAUCAACAGCCACUCAGGAUGACAGCACGAAGUAAAGAGGAGGAACAUGGUUGUCCUCACAGGAUUGUGUUUGCUUCCUUGGAUUCUCAAAUUUGACCGCAUCCACAAAGACCACCAACGAUGAUACCUGGACUGGUCACCCAGGAGUUACAGGAGCAGCUUCUGGACCCGAAGAAUUACCAGAAUCGCACAAAUGGUGUGGAAGAGCUCAAAUACGUCCUCUCACAAGUGGACGUCAAGUCACUCCCCUCUGCUAGUAUUGAGGAGUUCAUCAAUUUUCUUCCUCGACUUCUGGAUGACAGCAAUUUUAAGGUGUUGUAUGGCACCUUACAAGUUUUAAACUUGCUAAUUCAGAAACUAGAUACAGGUGUAGACAGAUAUUUCAAACAUAUAGUCUUAGUGGCCCUCAAAGCCCUGGGGGACACUCGCACUGUCACCAGGAAUGAAUAUCUCAACGUGUUUCGACAGCUGAUGAAAACUGUUGCACCGCAGCAAGUAUUAGAUCUUGUAAUCAGCAACUUGAAACACAAGAAUUCGAGGGUUCGAGAAGAUGUCCUUAAUGUCAUAAUGGCAGCUUUGCUCACUCAUCCUAGGAAAGAUUUCAACAUCCCCAAGCUUUGUUUUGAGGUUGCUCCAUACCUGGCGGACAGCAAAAGGAAGGUCCGUCAUGCUGCUCUUGAGUUGUUUGCUGUUUUUGACUAUUGCCUUGACACAGGGAAAAAGCAGCCUUUAAUGAAAGCUGUGGACAUGGUUGAGCUCAACCAGGACGCGGAGGGUCUGAUGGCGGCUGUGCAGGCACGACGAGCGAGGCACAUUCUUCCAAAACUCUCCUCGGAGGGGGCAGUGGAGUACGGCUUGGUGGUACCUAAACCAGGACAGCGGGGCUCGCUACAGUAUGUUUCUGGAGCUGAUCUGGACUGGGUGAUGAAUGGAGGGCGGGUAAGCAGUGCAAGGAGCCACAGAACUGAGCCAGACUCUGACCGAUUGUAUGGCUACGGCAGCUUAGGCUCACUCACGGAUGACCUCCCACUUCAAAGGAGGAUUGUCAGCGCAGGUAAAGGGAAGAACAAACUACCCUGGGAGAUGUCGAGCUUCUCAUCCACUGAGAAUGAGCAGCAGCAGCAUAACACAUCUAAUGGAAAGUGCUCUGAACAGGUGGCAAGUGAGGAUUUUUUCCCUCUCUUCAGGAAGUCAGAAACCUACAUACCCAGUUUCAGUUCUGUAGAGCCACAGAAGCCUCAGUCCUCCAGGAGGAGGGAGUCUCCUGCUCGCCUCAGAAGAAGCGGAAGCCUCAACCUAGAGCCUGACAUCUUUAAAAACACUAACUUCUCAGACGUGGAUGUCGUGGCUCCCAAAGGACGCAUGCUCCCGAGGAACCCGAGUGUCGAGCGAACAUUUUCCCUCCCCUCAAACCCUACCACAUCCGGCUCCUUCCUUUUGCCAUCCUAUCCUCUGGCUACGCUCCCAGGGGGCAUGCUUACCCCCACUCAGUCCCGGCGUCAUGCAGACUCCUCUCUCUCUAUGUCCAACACCUGGCCCAACAAGAGAGAGAACAGCCCUCACCAAAGGGAAACCAGUCCCUGGAGAGACACGGCGGGCACAACAGCAAAGGGAGACCUCUCUAGCAGACACUCCCCCAGACCUCUUCGUGCCUCCCUCGUGAGUUCUUCAUCCACUUCAUCGUUCCGGCGGGCUCUGAGUAACACCAGAACAACCCUUUCUAUCUCACCUGUAGUCCCUCCAGCCGAACAGACACAGUCUUACAAUGGUCAGACAGCCACUGAUCCAGGAAGCCCUCAGAACCAGCAUCUAGAAAAGAACCUUCAUUUUGACUCUGAUAGCAUCAAUGCAGCACAAGAUCUUCAGGAGGAGGAUCCUCUGGACAUGCAGGAGAUGCUGAACUCACUGCGCUCAUUACGCAACAGCGCUGCCAAGAAGAGGGCCAAAGUGGGCCUUGGUAGUCCAGAUCCUGACAGCCCUGACUCAGCUGUGAGGGUUGACUUGGGUCUGGACUCACCGUCACACACUUCUCCAGUGCUCACCAGCUCAGCCAGUGAGAGUGGUCUUUCCAGUCUGAGCUCAGUCGCUAACUCCAGCUUCAAUGGCAUCAAAACUAGUCCCAGGAACUCUGCCUCUGCAGGAAUGAAACCUCGCAUUGCAAGAGUGCCUUCUGCAAAACUGAGGUCUUCAGUAUCCAUGGACUUCAGCAGCCUUCAAGCGUCGUCCCAGAAGAACGAACUGUCGUCGGAGGUGGGUGUUGUUGGGCAGAGAGUCACUUACUCUAAUGGAGCGAUCAAAACUGAGGAAGAGACAUCUGGACCAUCUCCUCCACCAGUCAAACCAUCCAUCCGUGAAUCAGUCAGAGCUCUAAAGCCUGUAAAAGGGUCUCAGAGUUACGGCAGCAGUAGGAGUUCACCAGGCACAGACAUGCCUGAAGGAGUGAUUGGAAGAGGCAUGUUUGGCACCGCAGUGUCCUCCAGCCGUCCAGGAGCCGCCUUGUCACUUGAGCAGGGGAAUAUGGCUGCAGCCAAACCCCCCACUGAUCCCACAGCAGGCAUCUUCAGCCAUGCUCUGUGUGCCAGUCAGCUAGACGGCGAUGACAGCCCACGUCCAGAUGAGCUUAAGGAGCGAAUGAAGAACACAAGGUUUGGCCGGGAUAAGACACGUCUCCAACAUCUGGUUCAGCUGGAUGAUCAGUUAAGUCAAGGGGACCAGGUACGAGACAAGAUCCGCCACCGCGUCAGACAAAUGUUGUCUGAUUCACCCACAGAAGCGUUAAACAUCAAAGAUCUGCAUCUGAAUGGCAACACGCUGACAUCCAGCAGAGUGGAGCCUCUCUCUGAUGAGUCCCCCAUCAGUCCCACCAGUCCUGUCAGUCCACCAGGGCCCCAAAGCCCAAUAAAGUGCUUCACUCCACCUCACCACCCGAGUCCCCCUACAGUGCCACCCAACCCAAAAAAUGUGUCCCGCCUCAGGAGGGCGCCGAGCCUUAGCAGAACCCGACCAUCGCUAUCCCAUAGUUCAGGCCAUUUAGACGAGCUUUCCUCGGGUACUGUGGGCCACAAGAAAAAUCUCUCCGAGCCUCCAGAGCUGUGUCCGUUUUCAAAACCUGACCUGGCGCUGACGCAAAGUUUUACCCUGCUGAGCUCUGAAGACUGGGAGAAGAAGAUAGAGGGUCUGACAUUCCUGCGCUCUCUGGCUCAUUACCACUCAGACACACUUCAGGGAAGGCUUCAUGAUGUUUGCCUGUCUCUUAUUCAAGAGGUGAAGAACCUGCGUUCAGGCGUGUCCAGAGUUGCCAUUUGUACACUGGCUGACCUGUACAGACACCUGCAGAGGGCAAUGGACCAGGAGCUAGAGGGCACAGUUAAAGCUUUACUGCAGAAGGCCGGAGAGAGUAACGCCUUCAUUAGGCAGGACGUGGAUGCAGCCCUGGUUUGCAUGGUGCAGCACUGCACGCCAACUCGUAGCAUCAACGCUUUACUCACUGGAGGACUCGGUCACCUUAAUGCGGUGGUGAGGAAAUGCACCGCUCAACAUCUGGCUAAUCUGGUGGAGAAGGUCGGUGCAGCACGUCUCCUGUCAGGGGGGAAAGAUCUCACCGACAGAAUAUUACCUGCUGUCACCAAACUCACACAAGACUCCUCACAGGAAGCCAGAUAUUUUGGUCGUCGAAUGCUGCUUUUUCUGUCUUCCCACCCUGAUUUUGACAAGAUCCUCGAGAAAUAUAUUCCUACCAAAGAUCUGCAGACUGUCAGAGACACUGUCUUCACUCUCAAAACAAAGGGUCUCGGUGAAAUGCCCCAAGACACUCAGUCGGCCAGGGGCAGACGCUCCCUUCCAGGCAGCGGGACGGUCAGGGCCUCGUCUCUCAACAGAGAGCCACUCAAUCAGACCAACAGGGAGUCCAAUAACCACUACAGCUGUAGAUCUCAGACACAGAGUAUCGCGGACAAGACUGAAUACAUCAAGCAGAUCUCAGGUCUCCUGAGUUCAAAGGACUUCAGAGAGAGGAUCAAGGGCAUCGACCAGCUAGUGGCCGACUGUCAACACAACCCCAACAUGGUUAUCAAUAGUAUAUUCCCAGUGUUUGAUGCCUUUAAAGCCCGGCUGCAGGAGUCCAACAGCAAGGUCAACCUGUACGCCCUGGAGUCUCUCCAGAAAAUCAUCCACUUGUUGAAGGACAACCUGUCCCAGGUGGUCAACAUCCUGGUCCCAGCCAUUGUGGACAAUCACCUCAAUUCCAAGAACAAUGCCAUCUACUCUGCUGCUAUUGGAGCCAUUAAUGCACUUGUCUUGAAUCUUGACAAUAACAUUCUUCUUCUUCAGCCUCUCUGCACCAAGGCUCAGUUUUUAAGUGGCAAAGCGAAGGUGGACCUUAUUGAAAAGGUUGCAGAUCUGGUGACAGAGCUCUACCCCCGCAAGCCCCAGGUGGUGGAGCAGAAGGUGUUGCCCUUGCUGUGGCACCUCCUGGGCACCUCCACUCACAGCGGCACCAUUCACGGCCGGGGCGGCAGCGUAAGGGGCGCCACCGCCAACCUGUGCCAAGCCCUUUACGCCCAGAUGGGGCCGAGCCUGAGCGAGUGCGCUGCCUCCCAGUCUGCCAACAUCCAUAAAAGUUUAAAUGAGCUCCUGAGAACCUUAUCCUAAGGUAAAGCAGAAUCCAA